AUGCUGAUGAUGGAUGAUGAAGUAAUUAAUGAGGAUUUACUGUAUCACCCAAAAGUACGCUGGUUGUCGCAAGGGAAAAUAUUGAUCAAAAUUUUGUCUUUACGAAGGCAAAUAAUUGACUUUUUCAAAGAAAACAACAAGCAUUGUCAUUUAUCAGAUCCAAAUUUUUUCAGAGAUGUUGCAUUUUUAUGUGAUGUGAUGUCAAAACAAAAUGAGUUAAACAUUUCGUUGCAAGGCAAAAAUAAAUGUAUUUAUAUGUGGCAAAAAACUUUAAAAUUGUCGUUUUUCAAGUUCCUUUUGACUCAAUUAAAACUUUCAGAAGAACACUUUCCUCAGCUUACAAAGGUAUUGAGUGAAAAUGAAGAUGUCUAUGAAUCUUUUGAAAAACAUAACAUCACUCUGAAACUUGUUUUUCAUUCUCACUCAGUUGAUGUAUCAGAGGCUUCCAAAGAGUUACAAAUGUAG